UCCCUCCACGUGCUGCCUGUGUUUGUUUUCCCCCUCAGAGGAAGAGGACAUCUUGUUUCUCUCUGAUCGUUAAACACUGGUUACUGUUUACUCUCCUGCAGCGACUUUAAUCUGUCUGCCUCAUGUUUAUGAUCAUGUACAUCUCUGUUUGGAGUGUUUGUUUCUUCCGGUAAAUAACCCACCAGUGUGCAGAGUGAAGAACUACAUAUUUAACUGCACGUUGUAGUCCAGCUCGUUGGACGCUAAGCUAGCUGUUUCAGGCUAACCUGGAGAGAGAGGUGUGAGGCUGACUGCAGCGGGAACAAGAUGUCGUCUGAACACGUGGCGGUCGGCGGCGUUCCUGCGGUGAAAGCGAUGCCGUCCUCGGUCGUGUCUGGACACUCUACCUGGGACGGAGCGGGAGGCAUGGACGGGAUCACGGUGGUGAGAAUCGAUGACACGCACAUCGCAGAGGAACAGUCUCACGUCAGGACGAAGGUGAGGGAGGGAGCUACAGCUUACUAUGAGAUGGAGUACUCCAUGCCAGAGGAGGAGGAAGAGGAGGAUGGCGUUUACGUCAUCGAGUAUUCAAACCCUGAAGAGGAGGGACAGAGUUACCAGUUCACCAUGUCCGUCGACGGAUCGCUCCCUCCAAAGAAGCCGAUGACGACUCACCCUGCGGUCAGAGAGAGCGUCAGCGCUCCUCUACCCGUGAUGAAGAGGAUUCCCAAACUGCAGAGGCCACAGAGGACGGAGACGAAGAAGAGGAGGAGGCUGGGGGAAGAAGAAGACGUGAAGAAGGAGGAGGAGAUCCUGAGCAACAAGUGUGUGUUGGAGCUCGGCGAGGACUACAGCGACGUGAUGAAGAUGAACGAAGGGAAGACUCUGGUGUGUUCGAUGUGUCCGCCGCCCGGACGCUUCUUCAAGAGAGCGUCCGGUCUGGCCGUUCAUCUGAAACAGAUGCACCACAUGGAGGGGAAGAAGACCUUCUUCUGCUCGUGGUGCCAGCAGAACGUCCGCUCUCAGAUCGACCUGGACAGUCACACAAAACGCCACGCCAACCAGGACGCCGUGUUCACCUGCGUGCUCUGCUCCUCCGCGGAGGAGAGGACCUUCAAAGGGUCCAGGUGGGUUCUGAAGAAGCACAUGGAGAAGGAGCAUCCGGGCGUCGUGCCGCGCUGCCACGUCUGUCACAAGAACUUCAAGUCGGUGGUGUCGUACCUGGCGGAUCAGUUCAGGCACGUGGGCGUCACGCCGUACCACUGCGCCAAGUGUCAGAUCUAUGAGAUCACAGAGCGGGGUCUGAGCGUGCACAUCAAGAACCACGACAAACCCAAGAAGAGGAAGCAGGGGCUCGGGGGAAACCAGCCGCAGACACUAGCAGCUCCGCCCGUCGCCGAUAACUCCGCCACGGACGACUCGGACUUCUAACGCUCACCUCAGUGACCUCGACCUUAUGCUUCCACCGUGAACUCAACUCUUCUGGUUCUAAUUUAUCAAAACUGAAUCUGGUUGAAUCAGUUUGCCUCAAAUUCUUCAGGACUGUGUCAGGAUGCGGAGUCUUCUUCGUCUGUCUGUCAGCGUCGUGUGCAGACUGAGAACAGUUCUCAGAGGAACAACAGCUGGGGUCUUUGAACAUUCAGCCUUGGAGCAGUUCUUCAUGUGUUAGCUUUAAGGUUUGAAAAGUGAGGAAACACUCACAUACUUCAGGUGAGUCAGACACUUUACUUUCACAAGGAGCUCCACCCUCUCUGACCUGAGAGAGGGGAGGGAGGGUUCAGUCAUCCAACCAUCUCCUGAUGUGAAGCCUGAGUCACUUCUUCACGUUGUUUCCUCCCCGCUGUCUCACAUUUUGGGGUGAAGACUCUUUAAAACGUCCUUAAAAACAAGCGUUAGAGCUGUUUCCACAUUUCCAAGCUUUAUGCUAAGCUAAGCUAAGCUAAGCUAAGCUAAGCAGCAGUUUGUAGUUUCAUAUUUACAUGAAGAUAUAAAAGUUUUAACAUUCUCACAAAGUACUGAGCUUUCAAGAGACUUCCAACACCGCUGCAUUCAGGUCUGUUACAUUAAAUCUCCUUCAUGAGAUCAUGAAAUGUUUGUUUCUGAACUCAGGCUGCGUUCAGGAACUCUGGAGUGACACAGAAACUAUAAAUUCAACUUUAAGAAGUUUUUUUCUAACUCUAAACUGAAGGAGACAUGAACACUACUUACUCACAGUAAAAAUGAAAAUAAAUACAGAGUGUGAAGCUUUAUACAAUCAAAAUAAAUCAAAAUGUUCAAAUAUUAUCAUGAGGAAAGAAAGUCAGAAUUAUGAGACAGUAAGGAAUGAAAAAAAAGUCACAAUAAUUUUAAAAUCUAAUUUCAAAUAUCAGUUAAACAUUUAAAUUAAGAGACCGUGUGUAACAAGAUUAAAAGUCUUUGUUAUGACAGAACAUUUCAUCAUCAUGAGACAAAACAUCAUUAUUCAAUUAAAGAAGAAGAAAAUCACAAAAUUAUAUUCAUGAAAAAGUCAAAAUUAUGAGUAAAUUUUUCAAAAUAAGAGAUAAAAAGUCAAAUAAUCAGAAAGAAAAGAGUCAUUAUGAGAUAGUAAGAUGUAAAGAAGAGGGAAAAAGUCAUAACAUUAGAUUAAAGAAAUUAAUAUUACAAGGUAAAAUGUCAAAAAUGUUAAUUAAAAAAGUAAUAAUGGGGAAAUUAUGGGAUAGUUUUUCAAAAUAAGAGAUGAGAAUAAUAAGAUUUAAAGAAAAUAAGUGAGAUACACAGAUAUGAGACUAAAAGUCAUGAAAUAUGAUUAAUGGAAGUUAAUAUCACGGGGUAAAAUGUCAAAAAAUUGAAUUAAAAUGUUAUAAUUAUGGGAAAGUUUUUCAAAAUAAGAGAUAAAAAGUCAAAUAAUCAGACAGAAAAAAGUCAUUAUGAGAUAGUUAGACAUAGAGAUGAUGAAAAAAAAGUCAUAAAAUAAGAUUUAAGAAAUUAAUAUUACAUGGUUAAAUGUCAAAAAUGUUAAUUAAAAUGUUAUGAUCACGGGAUAAUUUUUCAAAAUAAGAGAUAAGAGAAUAAUCAAAUGAUCAGAUUUCAAAAAAACAUUUUGAGAUGUAAAAUGAGAUUAAUAGAAGUUAAUAUCACAGGGUAAAAUGUCAAAAAUAUACAUUAAAAUGUAAUCAUUGGAUAGUUUUUCAAAAUAAGAGAUAAAAAGUCAAAUAAUUAGGUAACGAAAGUUAAAAAUGGGAAUAAUCCUAACUGAGAUAAGAAGUCGAACAUAAGAAGUUUAAUCUCACAGUGAUGACUUUAAAAAUCAUGAAAUCAUUAUUUGUUUUUUAAUAUUUUAAUUUGACUUUUCUUUCCUCACUUUUAUGACUUUUAUUUUGUAAGUUAUUUUCUCAGAAUCCGGACUUAUCUGUCUUUAUCAUAAUAACGAUCUAUCUUAUAAUUAACUUAUUAUUGUGACUGAAUGUUGAAAUGAGCUCCCAUAAAACAUCCAGUUUGAAAAGGAGAACAUUUAACAUUUCGUCUGACCCUCACCCUGCACUGUUUCAGCGGUUUGUUCUUCUUCGUUGGUGUAUUAGUUGUCGUGAGUUUUUCCAGUUACAGUCAGCUGUGUCAACAUCCGAUCACUUUAAAAAGCUAACUCAGACAAUCGUUUAACAUUCACUUUAUUUUUUUACCUUUCUAAAACCAAAAACCUCGUCUGUCGACUUUAAAUAACGAACCGAGGAAUUCAAGAAACGAAGUUCACGUAGAGUCCCGUUACACGCGCGAGAAAACAAACUAGUCUUAGUUCACAACAAAAGUUUCAUGUGAGACCUGAGACCUGAGUCUGGACCCUGUCCGAGCUCGUGACUCGUUAAGGUCGUUUUUUAAAAUUGUAUUAAAGCCGAAACACUUAUAAUUUGACGUGUUUCUGAUUUUUGAAUGAAAAAGGUGCUGAAAUCUAAAAUCUUUGAAAUCUGAACGAGCUUUAACUUUAUCAACAUCUCUGUUUGAGAGACUCUAAAGGAGUCAGAGUUUUAAAUGAAAUGUUUAUAUUGUGUUGAUUUUUAUUCUUUUCUGUAAGUUUGUUUUCCUCGUCCUUUUUUUUACCUUUGUCGUCAUUAAAGGGAAACACCACUGACUCUGA